GCCCUGAUCCCUCCCAAAAGUGUCCGCCGACGCGUAUACCCCCUCUCCCCGUUCCCUUUAACCUACCCCCGCGAUGCCCGUCGCUCGCGUCAAGAAAUCCAACACUCCGCCGUCCGACGAUAGCAAAGACGUGUCCACCGAGAAAAAGGCUAGAAAGCGUCAAUCACAGAGCUGCGAUGCGUGCAGAGCCCGCAAGGUCCGCUGCGCGCGCGAAAACCCUGAGGAUGCGAAGACGUCGUGCAAGCACUGCAUAUCCCUAGGCAUCCCCUGCACCUAUGAGUACCAGCCCAAGAAGCGCGGCCCGCCAAACCUUUACCUGCGCCGGAUCCAAGAGGCGAAUGCGGCGAAGGCAGCCCAGCAAGCAGAGCAGGCGGCCGGGGAUGACUCCACGUCCCCCUCCUCUGCCUCGCCACAAGGAUUCCUCCCCCCUUCCUUGACGAACAGAAGCCCAUCGAUGGAGACGCCUACCAUGGCUAUCCCCUCGGUCCCUAUCCCCCCAUCUCGUUAUCCUAUCGCGGCGGACAACUACCACACUCAUUUCCCCCAGCUCAACACCUCCGUCUCCCCCGGCUCGUUCGGAGGCCCCCGAUCGUUCGAGACGGGCUCCCCCAACAGCCUCAUCUCAUCUCCGAAGACAGAGGAGUCGCCGAUCUACCCUGGCGGCGACUUCAUGAAUGGCUACCCCAUGUUCAACUGGUCCUAUAAGCAGAACCAGACCCUCGCCAUGCAACCUAUCCCCGCCCUGAACGCUUUCUACCGCCCGCGAAGACUCGAGGAAAUCGCGCCGCGAGACACGGUUUCUCUCAUCAUCGCUCUGUUCUUCGACUUCGUCUACCCAUUGACGCCCUGCGUGCACAAGCCGUCAUUCAUGGCUGACCUGCAUGCACGGCGGGAGGAGCGCGACCCCCUAUUCUUCGCCCUUGUCAUGUCGACGGUGGCUUCGACUUUGGUGCAAGUACCGCGUUCAUAUCUGCCUAUGGAACGCCCGGUAGUACGCAAGCUAGCUCAGACCUGCUACGAGGCCAGUCGCCACAUCACGAUCGCAUCGUAUGACCCGCCGACGUCGAUGCACGUCGUUAUCCGUUAUUUCGACUGCGUCUACCACUUCUGCGAAGGCCACGACGCUACGCAGCACGCCGCAUUUGGGGAAUCCGCGCACAUUGCCGUGACCCUGCGUCUUCACGAAGAGUCUUCGUACGAAGGCCUCGACCCCAUUGAAAGCGAAGUAAGGCGGCGCAUUUUCUGGCUACUCUUCGGAGCGGACAAGUCUAUGUCAAUUCUCCUCGGUCGGCCGAUUUGCCUCCGGGACGAGGACUGCACCGUGCACUUCCCGAAAGAGCUCGAUGACGAGUACAUCACGCCUAGCGCCUAUUUACCCCAGCCUCAGGGCAAGACGGCCAUCGUCUCAGGGCUGAACUACACUUCCCGGAUUUUUGCUCUUUUGGGCGAAAUCCUCGUGCGCAUCCGCGUUGACAAGCGGUCACCGCCGCAGGGGCAGUUCGCGACAGCUCGUCUCGAGGAAGUGCAGUCUCUGCACAGCAGGAUUAUCGCGGCUCUCAGCCACGCCCCCGAGCCGCUGCGACUGAAGCAGCCGCACGCGUCUUCGCCCCUGCCGGCGGACUAUGGAGGGGCAGGCUUCCGCCAGGCGACCUUCGCGGAAGUGAAGGACUUCUUCGACAACCCCAACGCUUCGCGGGCCAAUGCGCUAAACCCGUUCUUGGUGAUGCAGGCUAAUCUCUAUGUUACGCAACAACUGGUCCGCUUCGUAAUUGAACAGUACCGCGACGAACUUGUCGCAUCGCUGCAAGGAAGCAUCGACGAAUACCACCUUGCUAACGAGCGCGAGGCCGUCGCGCGCGACCUUCUCAACAUCCUGCACAGCAUUCCGAUACAGUCGAUUGCCACUAACGGCCCGAGUCUCGUCCAUAAGGUGCGCUUCGUAGCCUCCACCUUGCUGGACGCGGUCCGCAAGGCAGAGACCGCGCCGGCGUCGGCAGCGCGCGCGCACGCCUUCCUCUGGGACUUCCUCAGUAUUCUUUCUGAGAUCGAACGCAAUUAUCUGCUGGAUGACGAUAGGGACGGUACUUCCAGCGACGGCAUGAUGAUGGGGUGAACGGCUGGCUGAACUCGUUCAUCUUCUCCCGGUCGAAGACGGGUUGAAGUAGCUGGUCGAUUCAAUCGCAGUCUUCGCAAUUUCUGCGACUCGCUUGCGUUGCGUACCUUCAUGCACGUUGGCUUUCGGGUUUUCAACGGUCGGGACCGUGUAGGGCUCCUUUAUUUACGUCGGGCUCCUGUGGAGGCAUCGCGUUACUUCGUUUUCUGGUUCGAAAUCUGCACAACUACUCUCGCUUUGUUGACACUAUACCCCGGUGAAUUAUGGCUGUAUUAUACAAAGGCUGCUGGUAGUUUCUCCUGUACUUAUGUAUCUUGUACCUUCGGACGUCGCAACGUCUUCUGUCCUUUACCGUCGAUGUUAAUGUUCAAAAUCGCUUUGCUAUCGCAAUCAAGUCUGGCUCGGAAUCCUGGAUGUAAGUGUAGCGUUCAGGC